GCUCCAGUUGUGGAAACCUGUUUUAGCUUCUCUGGUGUUUGUGGAAAUCUCAUGGACUGUAGCCAUUGAUCGGGAUCAGCAGCCGAGGCCUGAGGACGUGGAGCUGGCUGAGGGCUACCUGAAGAGGUUUUAUAACCUGAUCCCAAGAAGCAGACAGAGACUCAUCAGGUCCACUUCGACCACAGAGGAGAAGAUCAGACAAAUGCAAAGCUUCUUUGGUCUGAGAGAAACGGGCCACCUGGACCCUCACACCCUGGAUGUGAUGAGGAAGCCGAGGUGUGGUGUCCCAGAUGUAGAAAACUUCACCUUUUACCCUGAAAAGCCUAAAUGGAGGAACAAUACCAUCACAUACAUGAUCGCCAAAUACACACCAGACAUGAGACAAGAGGAGGUAGAAAAGUCCCUUCGUGCUGCUCUGAAGAUGUGGAGUGAUGCAGCACCACUGAGGUUCAUCAGAGUCCACCAUGGAAAAUCCGAUAUAGUCUUUUCCUUCGCCCGCAGAACUCAUGGGGAUUUCUUUCCCUUUGAUGGGUCCGGGGGUGUGCUGGCUCACGCCUUUCAGCCUGGAGAGGGCAUAGGAGGGGACGUGCACUUUGAUGAAGAUGAAACGUGGACGACAGGCAGGCAAGGUUACAGCCUGUUUGCUGUGGCAGCUCACGAACUCGGUCACUCCCUGGGUUUGACUCACUCCAUGGACCCCUCUGCUGUCAUGUACCCCAACUACAGGUAUCACAGCAGUACGCAGUACGCUCUAUCCAUGGAUGAUGUGCACGGGAUCCAAACACUGUAUGGUAAACCCACCAAAGACGUGAAAAGCCAACACAUUCCCAGAAAGUGUGACCCCAACUUCUCUUUUGAUGCAGCAACUAUGAUUGGAAAUGAUGUUGUUUUCUUUAAAGACAGGUACAUGUGGAUGAGAACAACAUGGACGACCUACUGGAAUCAGCUGAGAGAGGGCCACAGCAGCACGUAUUUACCCAGCAUUGGUUCUCACGUUGAUGCCGCUUAUGACAUCCCUACCAAAGGCGUGGCGUACGUCUUCACUGGUCAUAAGUACUGGGUGGUUCAGCAGCUUAAGACAAAAAGUCGUGCUGGCUCCAUCUAUGAGUACGGUUUCCCCGCCAGCGUCAGGCGAGUUGACGCUGCCGUGCACAUGGGCGAGCAGGGGAAAACGGUUUUCUUCACUGGACAGUUUUAUUACAGGUACGAUGAGCACAAGCGACGGAUGGACCCAGGAUUCCCCAGAUUGAUCCGCACAGACUGGCCUGGAAUCCCCACAAGAGUCAACGCUGCCUUUAAGUUAAAUGGUAAACAUAGAUUUCAGGCGGCUCCGACUGUCGCUCCAACGGUUUCACCCGAGGAUGAAGACGUGGCACAGGGAUAUCUUUCUCGGUUCUAUGGUGAUAUUGGGACGAGAAACUCCACUCUGAGAAGCCUCGUCAAUGACACCUUCAUACAGGACCUUGAAACCAUGCAGGCUUUCUUUGGCUUGGAGGUGACUGGCGUCUUGAAUAAAGAGACCGUGGAGGUGAUGAAAGCACCGAGGUGCGGCGUGUCAGACAUCAGCCAAUAUGGACACUUCCACGGAAAACCCAAGUGGCAGAAAAGGCUAAUCACAUACAGAAUCACCAAGUACACUCCAGAUCUGAGCCAGAGUCAGGUGGAUGCAACCAUCACCAAAGCCUUCCAACUUUACAGCGAUGUCAUUCCACUGGACUUCAAACAGAUCUACAGUGGCUUCGCGGACAUCAUGAUCCUCUUCAAGGGUGGAUAUCAUGGGGACUUUUACCCUUUUGAUGGGGCAGGUGGAGUCUUGGCUCAUGCUAACUCUCCUGGACAAGGCCAGGGUGGAGACACACACUUUGACGAUGAUGAAAACUGGACUCUUAACCAGAGAGGUGUGAAUCUGCUGUUGGUGGCAGCCCACGAGUUUGGCCACGCUCUGGGCCUGGAUCACUCCAGGGACAGGCGUGCCCUAAUGUUUCCCACCUAUCAGUACGUCAACACCAAUGGGUACAGACUUCCUGAUGAUGACAGACGUGGGGUUCAAGCCCUCUAUGGAAGUCGAACUCCAGUCCCCACAGUACGACCAACACCAACUCGUCGUCCAGAACCUGAACCAGAGCCAGAGGAGCCAACAGAAAGACCAGACCCUCGGCCCAAUCCCCGAGAUGAGCAGUGCAGCCGUGGGCUGGUGUUUGAUGCUGCUACCUCCAUUAGGGGAGACCUGUACUUCUUUAAAAGCGGAUAUUACUGGAGGAAGGGUUAUUCGGGAAUACAUUUUGUUAAAGUGAGUACAAAAUGGCCUGGGAUCAACGCUGUCGAUGCUGCAUUUGAAGUCCCAUAUAAUGAUGCGGUGUAUCUGUUUGAAGGUCGUCAAUACUGGGGCAUACGGGCUUACGCAAAGACAAAAAUGUCUGGCUAUCCAAAGUCUAUCACCACCCUAGGCCUCCCCUCUUCAGUUACAAAGGUUGAUGCCGCUGUUUAUGUGCCAACAACUGGGAAAACACUUAUAUUUGUGAAAAACCAAUAUUGGAGCUAUGAUGACCGCAGAAAACAAAUGGAUGCUGGAUAUCCACGGUAUAUCACUCAGGACCUUCCUGGAAUUGGCUCCAGAGUAGAUGCUGCCUUUGAGAAUUAUGGUGAGAGAUAUUCAUUUCAUUCAAUUUUGUCCCCGUGUCCCAUGGAGUCACUCAACACCUUUGAGUCUGAGAUGGAGCCUGAUGGACAGGGGAACUACUCUCUGUUUCCAGCUUUGGACAGCAUUGCAAGUCUGUCGGGAACCACAGAAACUCUUGAGAGUGAUGCACCCAGUGAAAUUGCGGAAAAGCCCAACCUAACAUGGCUGGAUGCUGCACAGAUUGUCUUGGAGGAAGCAGGACGUCCAAUGCACAUAAAGGAGAUUAAACAGAGAAUCAUUGACAGAGGCCUUGUUCAAUCCAAUGCAAAAUCAAGUCUGGAAGCAGUCAUGUACCGUGAGACUGACGAGGAACGGCAGCAGGCACUGCAGGCCUUCACCACUCAGUCUUUCCUCAACUCUCCACAGCAAAGUGCUAUCAGUUCUGGCUCAGGUACCUCGACAGCUGCCCCCCCAUCUUCAGCUGGCUCCUCCGAGCUUAGGGCCAAGGCGAAGAGAGGUUCACGCAAAAACCAGAAUGAAAAGUACCGACUCAAGUACCUCAGGCUGCGCAAAGCAGCUCGUGCCAUGAUAUUUGAGAAUGCAGCAAUCUGCGAUGAAGUUGCUCUCUUAGAAGAGAAGUUUCUGAGGGCAAAGGAGGAGCGAAGGUUCUUGCUGAAAUCACUGUUGCAGUACCAGUCUUUGACAGAGGCGGAGAUACUGCCCACACCCAGCUCAAGCUCUCAUCAUCCACCUGUGCCACCUGUGGCACAAACCUCAGGUGCUGCAGGGGCUUCAGGUCUGUCGACGACACAUAACUUGGCAUCACUGGUGUCAACAGGGGAAGAAGGUACUCUUAAAAAACCAAAGAAGGAAAGGAAAGAGCGGGGAAGGGAGAACGGAAAGGAAGAUUUGCCAAAGAAAAUAUCUAAAAAGAGAAAGCUAGUUGAUGGGUCUCGGAAGCUCGUGCAGCCCAUCCCUCUGGACUCAUCAGGUCGACCUGUCUUCCCCAUUACACUAGGAGGUUUAACAGUCUACAGUCUGGGAGAGAUUAUCACAGACAGAAUGUCAUUCCAUGACGAGUGUGCCAUUUACCCCGUUGGCUUCUGCAGCACGCGAGUCUUUGCCGGCAUGAAAAACCCCGACCAGCAGUGCCUCUACACCUGCCAGAUUAAAGAUGGGGGAACAGGUCCAAAGUUUGAGAUUGUGCCUGAAGAAGAUCCUCAGAAUGCAAUUGUGGCCUCCUCCGCCCUGAUGUGCCACUCCAACCUACUGAAGACCAUCGCAUCUGUCAGUUCCAAAUGUGUGGUGCCCAUCGUGCCCUCAGGAGCAGAUUUCUUUGGCUUCUCUCACCCCACCAUCCAGAAUCUCAUCCAGAGCUGUCCUGGAGCACGCAAAUGUACCAAUUACAGAUGGAUUCGUUUCGAGGUGUGUCGCCCUGGCGACAGUCAGGUUCCUCACAGCCUAUCGGAGGACGAUGCCUCUGUCAACUUUGAUGCCUACCAGAGACACCAAGGCUUUGAUGAGAACAUCAAGACAGAACAUAUCACAGGACAGACACCACAGUCUCCUAGUUCGUCUCAUCAGCACCACCUGACCCCUACGACCAUGAAGCCCUCUACCUCCUAUUACAGCUCCUGAUUCUAAUAGUGUCGCUCAAACAGCAUAACUAGGAAUGUGUGCCAGCAAUUUUAAUACAGUGGAUCUGGCUGAAUAAUCAUUCUGCUCUAUGUAUGAGUGGGGAUGACUAAAUACAUACAGACAGACAGACAGACAGACUUCCCCAUGUGCUUAUUUUGUUACAUGACAUGUUGUUGCUUUACUGUUUAAAGUUUUGCAAAGAAAAGGUGACUGCAUGUUUGGAUUUAUUGCAUUACGUUGUAUUUUUCUGUUUAACCAGUAGAAGCUGGGUUUUGUGAGUUUGAAUGUAAAACAUUCACAUUAUCUGA